CGCCGCUGCCCCGCUGACGUUCUUAAUUGAAACGGGUGCGCGGAGGGAUACCGCAGGUGUUCCACGGUCGCAAUUAAACGAAAACAACGUCCCGGCGCCCACGUGGAAACCCGCAACCCUGAAAACAGACUCACAGCAUCCGGACGCAUUGGCUAAUUAGAAUAAAACCCCUGUCACCAAAGAUGAACAGCAGUGGACCAUCGUAUCCCCUCGCCUCUCUGUACGUAGGGGACCUGCACCCCGACGUCACGGAGGCCAUGCUCUACCAGAAAUUUUCUCCCGCUGGUCCCAUCAUGUCGAUCCGUGUGUGCCGUGACAUCAUCACCCGCAGAUCUCUGGGAUAUGCUUACAUUAACUUCCAGCAACCAGCUGAUGCGGAGUGCGCCCUGGAUACAAUGAACUAUGACGUUAUCAAGGGUCGGCCUAUCAGAAUCAUGUGGUCUCAGCGUGACCCAGGACUCAGGAAGUCCGGUGUGGGGAACAUCUUUAUCAAGAACAUGGACGAGUCCAUUGACAACAAGGCGCUGUAUGACACCUUCUCAGCCUUUGGCAAUAUUUUGUCCUGCAAGGUCGUUUGUGACGAGAAAGGGUCCAAAGGUUAUGGAUUUGUUCACUUUGAGACCCACGAGGCUGCAAACCGGGCCAUUGACACCAUGAAUGGGAUGCUGCUGAAUGAUAGGAAAGUUUUUGUUGGACACUUUAAGUCCCGUAAGGAAAGAGAGAUGGAGUUUGGCACGAAAGCUAUGAAGUUCACCAACGUCUACAUCAAAAACUUUGGUGAAGACUACACGGAUGAGAAACUCAAGGAAGUCUUUAAUGAGUUUGGGAGGACUCUCAGUGUGCGGGUGAUGAAGGAUGAGAGGGGCCGUUCACGAGGAUUUGGCUUUGUAAACUACUUUAACCACGAGGACGCUCAGAAGGCAGUUGAUGAGAUGAACGGGAAGGACCUCAAUGGGAAGGUCAUCUACGCCGGUCGGGCUCAGAAGCGGAUGGAGCGACAGGGAGAGCUCAAGCGCAAGUUUGACCAGAUCAAACAGGAUCGCAUCCAACGCUACCAGGGGGUGAAUCUGUACGUGAAGAACUUGGACGAUGGCAUAGACGACGAGAGACUCCGGAAGGAGUUUGCCCCUUAUGGCACCAUCACCAGCGCCAAGGUCAUGACAGACGGCUCCCAAAGCAAAGGCUUCGGUUUUGUCUGUUUCUCUUCCCCCGAGGAGGCAACUAAAGCAGUGACUGAAAUGAACGGGAGAAUCGUUGCGACCAAGCCUCUGUACGUGGCUCUGGCUCAGCGGAGGGAGGAGCGUAAAGCCAUCCUGACCAACAAAUACAUGCAGAGACUCGCUACCCUGAGGACCAUGACCAGUCCCAUCAUCGACUCGUACCAGCAGGGCGGAUACUACAUGACGGUGCCACAGCCUCCCACUCGCUCCUUCUACAACCACAACACCGUCAGCAACAUGAGACCAGUUCCUCGCUGGACAGGACAACCACCCAGAAUGCAGGGCCCCUACUCAACCCAGUUUGUUGGCAACGCUGUUCCCCGACGCGGAUCGACCCCCAUCGCUACGGUCAGACAGGCCUCCACCCAGGCUCCACGCAUCAUCAGCUCCUCGCAAAAGACGAUCAACAUAGGCACCCAGACUGUGGGAGGCCGUACUGACGUGCCCGGUAUGACCAGAGGCGCUCAGUACAAGUACUCGUCUGCAGUGAGAAACGUCCAGCAGGUCGUUACUAUGCCUGCACCCAUGACUAGAAUACAGGUUAUGCCUGCUCCUGUGAUGGAGCAGCCGGUGCACCUUCAAGGCCACGAUCCCCUCACCACCUCCAUGUUGGCUGCAGCUCCACUCAUGGAUCAGAAACAGCUACUCGGGGAGCGGUUGUACCCAGUGAUCCAUUCCCUUCACCCAAACUUGGCUGGAAAAAUCACUGGCAUGCUGCUGGAGAUCGACAACUCGGAGCUGCUGCACAUGCUGGAGACGCCCGAGUCCCUGCACGCCAAGGUGGACGAGGCGAUCGCCGUCCUGCAGGCUCACCAGGCGAAGGAAUGCUCUCCUAAGAAGUGAAGAGUCCUUUCAGAUGUCGACGACUUUCUGGAGGAGGAAAAAUAAUAAAAAAAAGAGUAAAACUUUGAAAAAAAGAAGAAAAAAAGAAAAGAGGAAAAUGUAAUUUGACAGUAAAGACAUUUGUAAAGUUAAAAACUAUUUUGUUGUUGCAAUACCUUUUGUU